ACGGACUGUUUAUAUAGCGGAGGGUGUGAGCGCAGCGUAUAACCACCGAGGCGGUGUGCGCAACUCAAUUUGAAGGCUGCGGAUCUUCACCGCGACACAUUCAGGAAAGCAGAGCAAAAGCCGCAUUUUUAGAUAUAAAUAAUGACCUCUCUGAACGCAUGAGCUCCGGCACUUGCUUUUCCUCCCGACCUUUAAACAUAUAGGCUCAAACAUUCUUAGACAGAUAAGGUCGUAUACCAGCGAAGUGAGCGCACAAGGGACGCACCAUGCACUGUCAAGCCGAGCUGAGGCUCUCCUCCCCCGGGCAGCUGAAGGCGGCCAGGAGGCGCUACAAGACUUUUAUGAUCGACGAGAUCCUCUCCAGGGAAACUUGUGAUUACUUUGAGAAACUUUCUCUGUAUUCCAUGUGUCCUUCUCUCAUCGUCCGACCAAAGCCUCUUCAUUCAUGCUCAGGCUCCUCGUCGUUGCGUGCCUACCCGCUCCUCUCGGUGAUCACACGGCAGCCCUCCAAUGUGCAGCCCCCCUCCCCGGGCACGGCGCCCCCGCACCUGCCCCUCGUCUCCCCGCAGCUCCCGCGAGGCUCCGAGCCCUCACCCAGCCAGACGCCCCUCAGCAUCAGCAGCGAGUCAGAAACGGAGAGCAGCACGCCCCGCCUGAAGAAGCCCCGCCGCAGCCGCACCAUCUUCACCGAGCUGCAGCUGAUGGGGCUGGAGAAGAAGUUCCAAAAGCAGAAAUACCUGUCCACACCUGAUAGAUUGGAUCUGGCUCAGUCCCUGGGUCUCACGCAGCUUCAGGUGAAGACAUGGUACCAAAACAGGCGUAUGAAAUGGAAGAAAAUGGUGCUUAAAGGAGGUCACGAGGCCCCGACCAAGCCCAAGGGAAGACCAAAGAAGAACUCCAUUCCUACCACAGAGGAAAUAGAGGCUGAAGAGCGAAGACUGAAGAUGGAGGAGGAAGAGCAGAGGAGGAGGGGAUUUGACGAAUGUCAAGAUCUCCGUUCAGAAACUCAGAGUCCGAGCGGAGCAAUCGAGGGAUCCGAGCAGGAGGAGCAGCCACUCCUAAUGUCAGAAACUCACUUAGCCAGCUAAGCAAGAACGAACCAACCAAAGACUAAUGCCAACCUGAAAACAAAUAGUGCCUCAGGAUCAGUGUACAAAGCAUGUUUGGUGUAUAGAGUCAUUUGCUUUAGCCGGAUGACUGGAUAAACUUUAAUUGCACCCAGUCGGUACCAAAUGCACCCUUGUAUGUGUCAGUGUACUGGAAAAUGUAUUAGAGAAUGACAUUAUGCUAAUGUACAUUGACUGCACUGGUAAUCCUAUGGGCUUUUGGUCCAUGCUAUAAAGGAGGGUCCUUCUGUCAAACCCAACAAGCCGUAGGUCAGUCAAGCCUUUAUCACAACAUGGUGGCAUAUGCCACAUGCUCAGCUAGCUUGCACACACCUCUCAGCUCUCGAAGCUGUUAAAUAUCCAACACUGCCUUAUAGUGGUAAAUCGGUGUCCUUGUAUUAAUAACCAACUGCCAAAAAAACUGUUAAUAUGUGCCUUGUUGGUCUCAGAGGAAAACUUUUAUCUGUUGGUAAAAUGACCACCAAAAACAGUAUAUUUUGUACAAUCAAGUGCCAAAUUUGGGGACAAAUUUUUACAGUUAGGCAAAUGAAACCUCAGUCUGUAGGUUUAAGUUAUAAUGUACAGCUUUGAGCCUCAAAUAUGUUUAUUAUUGUCAGUCAAGUUUCCAUGUAUUUUUUUAUUUUAAAGCUAAAAUACAGAAUUUUAGCAAAGCCAGGUUUGCAUAUCACUAAUAUAUAUGUAUAUAUAUAUACAUAUAUAUGGCUUGGCAUAUAUGUAAACAGAAUAUGUAUAUGUUUGUAUGUAAAACUUAUUAUCUGCUGUUUUGAAUUGAAUUAAGGUACUUCUUAUGUAUAAGUGUAUCAGUCAGCCCCUGAACUUUAUUUCUACUUUCAAGGGAGUCAGAGUGAUUUUCAGUUAUGAGGGCACUAAGACGUUUAAGCUGUCAUGAUUCACUGAGGGAAUAAAUCACGGCCUGAGCCAUAAAUACACAGCAAAUGUUGAACAUUUAAAAUCUCACAGACAUUUUCAGCCUGCAGGCUUUGCAUGAGUACCUCAAUCGGUAUGUUAGACCUGCAUUAACAUAACACUGCCUUCAGUUGGCCCUUUUUGACUUCUCUGUAUCCAUCAACGUCUCCCGUGUUGAAUACUCACCACUUUAAGGAGUCACUGUUUGAAUUAUAGGAGUUUAUUUUUUAUUUGUCUCUGUUCAUAUGAAAAGUGCAGUAUUUUUCAGAUGUAAAUUAUGCUUGUCUGGUAAGAUGUGUUGCGGAUUUUUUUUAGGUCUUCAUAAAAUUACUUUUGGUAUAUGCAAGUGUGUGUUUAUGUAUUUAAAUGCACUUAAUAAAACAGCUGCCAUUUAAA